AUGAGGAAGAAUAAACUAGUUUUUGGAAGUACACUGGAGACGCAUGUAAAUAAUGGGAAGGCUGCGUCAAUCAUUAGUAGAGUCUUCCCUGGAUGGUCGUUUGAAUGUAAUUAUGAAUUCUCGGAUCUAGGCAAGGUAUGGGUUAUAUGGCAUCCGUCCGUCAGUGUUACUGUUUUACACAAAUCGCUUCAGUCAAUUUCUUGCCGGGUUCAGAUGCCUUUCUCUCCUACCGUGUUCGUAGCCACUUUUGUCUACGGUUCAAAUUUCAGAAAAAUUAGGCGUGAGCUAUGGUCAGACUUACGCUUCCUAUCUACUUCACCUUAUGUCCUAAACACUCCUUGGACAGUUCUAGGUGAUUUUAAUCAAACGUUAGCAGCAAGUGAACACUCCUCAUCUGAUGCUUUCUCUUCUACUCGUGGUAUGAGAGACUUUAUCAACUGUACUCAUGAUACAAAUCUGGCCGAUCUAAAGUACUAUGGGAACUCUUUCACUUGGUCUAAUAACCAGGGAGCCUUUGUUAUUUCAAAGAAACUUGAUAGGAUCUUGCCUAAGACUAAACAACCCUUCAAGUUUUUCUCGAUGCUAAAUGAUCAUCCUGAUUUUGAAGUGGUGGUUAAGGAAUGUUGGAAUUCUCUGCCAUUUGAUGGCACUAAAAUGCUGAAGGUUUCAAGGAAAUUAAAGGCUCUCAAGAGCAUCAUCAGAUCUUUCGGUAGAGAAAAUUACUCAGGUAUUGAGAAGAGGGUUUCUGAAGCGUUUGACGACCUCACUCGCUGCCAGCGAAUUGUCUUCUCCUCUCCGUCUCCUCAGGCUGGUAUAAAUGAAAGAUCUGCGUACGACAAAUGGAUUACUUUGGCCAAAGCUGAGGAGUCUUUCUUCUACCAACGCUUUCGAGUUAACUGGUUAGAUAAGGGAGAUAGCAACACUGGAUUCUAUCACAGGCAGAUGAGGCAGGACCUUCUUGGAGGAGAACCUGUUUCUUCAACCUCAUCUCUUGUGGAUAUUGAACAGCUUCUCUCUUAUAGGUGCUCUCCAUCAGUCUCGGAUUCUCUCUCUGCUGCCUACACUAGCCAAGAUGUCAAGACUGCUUUCUUUGCUUUACCAAAGAAUAAAGCACCAGGACCAGACGGUUAUCCUUCAGAAUUCUUCACGGCGCAUUGGAACACAGUGGGUCAAGAGGUUACUGAUGCUAUCCAGGAAUUCUUUACCACAUGCCGCCUCCUUCAACAAUGGAACGCUACGAUCUUAACGCUGAUACCCAAGAAGAAGAAUGCUGAUAAGAUCUCUGAUUUUAGACCAAUCUCUUGUUGUAAUACAGUCUACAAGGUGAUUGCGAAACUUCUCGCGAACAGGCUGAAGCAAGUCCUUCCUUCUGUUAUUUCCAUCACUCAGUCGGCUUUCAUUCCAGGGAGACUCUUAGUUGAAAAUGUGCUCAUGGCGACGGAGUUGGUCCAGGGAUAUAAUUGGAAGAAUAUCACAAAGCGAUCCAUCUUGAAGGUUGAUUUGAAAAAGGCCUUCGAUUCUAUUAAUUGGAGCUUCAUUUUUCUGAUUUUGAGAGCACUUUGCUUCCCGGAUUCCUACAUAAAUCUUAUAUCUCAGUGUAUCACUACCACCCGCUUCUCUGUUGCUGUGAACGGUGAGCUUGGUGGCUACUUCAAGGGAGCAAGGGGACUUCGCCAAGGAGACCCGUUAUCGCCAUAUCUCUUUGUUCUGGCUAUGGAAGUCUUGGGUCAAAUGCUUAACAAAAACUACAGCACCGGCUCAAUUGGAUCCGCUAGCGUCUGA